GCUACAGACACACUCAAAAAAAAAGCACAUGCAUACACACCCAUAAAAACCUAAAAUACCCCAUGUGUUUUCUCAGAAGACGCAGGCCGUGUUACAGCCAGCAUCGCGCAGCUAGUAACUGGUGUUUGAGAGAGACGUCCUAUCAACAGCCAGUAUUUUGGGAACCUGAUGCAGGAUGAGUGCGUCUGGACAGCCAAUCACGCUUCUGCUGCUUUGCCUGCUCGGCUCAGCUACCUCAUCCCCUGUUUCCAUGCACACAUCUGCUCCACCUCUUCUGUCACAAAUUUUACCUCCCUCUCCAACAACCCUCGCAUCUCCACCGUCUCCUUCUCUCAGUACCCCACCACCCAUCAUCAGCAACUCUGGAGAGCCAACAGAAAAGGUCCGCUGCCCUCUGUCGAUAUCACCCUCCACUCUGAUGGUCAGGUUCGGAGAUCCAGUCACAGCUAACUGCUCUGUAUCAAGGAUGGAUUUUUUGCCUCUUGGUUGGGAAGUCAGACUGGGAGCUCCUAGCCUCAGUAUGGGUCCUUUUGUGGUCUGGAGUGUGGACAGCAUGACUGAGUGGAAUGAGAAGCCUUCGUGCUUUGCACUAUCUGAACAGGGAGGGCAAUGUCACAUCAAUCUCACUCUAACGGUCUACAAGCCUCCAGACAGAGUGUCUAUCAGCUUUGUUAAUCACACUGGGCCGAUGUCUGAGGGUCAUCAGUACACUCUGCAGUGUACAGUACAGCACGUUGCUCCUGUUGAAAACCUCGUUGUGACGUUCUACAGAGGACAGACAGCACUGGGUCAACCUCAGUCCAACAACAACACAGAGAAGAAACCAGUGACUGAGAUCUUCUCUUUAAACAUCACACCCAGUAAAGAAGAUGAUGGAGUCCAGUACUGGUGUGAAGCAAAGCUAGAACUGGGACCUGAUGGACCACAGCUCCCUCCAGUCGUGACGUCAGAAAAACUCACUGCCACAGUCCACUUUGGUCCACAGCUCGUGUGUCAAACAAAGCUGCGGGUGAGAGAGGGAGAGAGCCUCAGCUGUGAGGUGAGAGGAAACCCUCCACCAUUAGUCACCUGGUUCAGAGAUGGGCAGGUGGUUUCCCUGCCCACUAACUUGAGCAGAAAGGAUGCUGGGAAAUACACAGUCUCAGCAAACGGACUAUUUGGACAGAAAAAUGUUACAGUGGAGGUGGAGUUCCUUGCUGGCAGUGGAACUACAAUCAGCUGCAAUAGACAUUUCCUGUUGGCUGGCCUGCUUAUGCAGAUGAUUAACGGUCUGUAAAACAUCCUAAAAGAAGUCGACGUGAUGUGCAAUUCUUCUUUCCAUGCCGUUUGGAUGAAUGGCUUCUAACGUGAGGAAUGACUCACAAAGACUGGUUUGCUUGUGUCGCUCCUCUUUGUUUAAAUGGAUCAGUUUUGCAUUAGUGUCUUUUUGUGGAUAUUUUUGUUCCCCUUUUUGAGGGUUUCUGCCUGGGUACAUUUUUCUGUUUAACUGGUCUCCAUGUAAUCUGCACAAAAGUUAACUUUCAUAUCUUCCAGACGGAAAGCUGCUCUAGAAAGAAAUACUCAUUGUACAAUUUAAUAAUUCACAAUCAUACUGCCGUAGCUCUGUGACACAUGCAUGUUUUUUUCCCCCUAGCCAGUUUCUAAAGGAUGUUUAAGAACCCUUUGCCAACAACCUUAAUGUCUAUCCUGUGUAUGAGUUUUAUUUUCUGUAGUAUGAAGAGCUAGCCAACAUUGCAAAGCACCCAGGUCUUCUUUCACCAAGGUGAUGUUUUUUCUGCUGUGCAAUAAAAUGCUGAA